AUGCGUAAAGUCUAUAGGUCAUUUAACCCAUCAUUAAUUGAAAACUUCCAAAAGGUCGGAUUUCCUAAAUAUCAGUAUGGAUAUAGGCACAUUGUAAGGCCACAACCAUGUCAAGAUAUCAUAGAUAAGUUGGACCUCAAGAAGAAAUAUCCAAAUUCACAUAAUAAUCUUGAUAUUAUAGAUGUCUUUUCAGGGUAUGGUUUAUUCUCGAGUAUGAUAAACUACGAAUUGAAACCUAGGAAGCAUAUUAUUAUUGAAGAUAGUAAAGAGAACGUCAAUAUCUGGGAAGAGCGUAUUAAGUAUUUGAAAGAGAAGACUGGUAAUACCGAAAACUUUGAACUAUAUCCUCAUAAUGGUUAUAAUUGGUCCACUUUUGAAUCGUUGAUUAAGAAGGAUAAAAUAAUUGAGCCUAGCGUAAAACCUAGAGACAAAAUUCAUGAUGAAUUGUUGAUCAUAGGAAACCUAACACCUCAAAAAUUCGGGGAAUCGUUACUUGCGCAAUGGAUCAUGUGUUCUGUUUACCAUAACUGGUUACAGAGAUAUGGACGUAUCAAGAUGGUGUGCUUUGUUCCUGAUACUACAGCACAGAAAUUCUUAUCGGGUCCUCGUUUUCCUAAGCGAAAUAAAUCAGCUAUUAAGAGGGAGUUAUUUACUGAUUCCAAAUUGAUUGGUCUUGUGGAAUCUAGUGGGGAUCACACUAUUCCAGAUGGAAUUGAUUUCGAUCCUAAUUUAAUAGUUAGAGACCAGCCUUGUCUUAUACCAUCAAGGUCAAUUUUACCUGCGGGUGCCCUGCUUGCUGUUGUAGAAAUUGAUCCAAAAGACUUGCCUGAAAUGGAUUUCGAUAUGAUGGAAUAUAUACUUCAAAUAUUGAUGUACAAGUCUACAGGUAAACUCUCUGAAGCAUUGGCUCAAUUAGCGCCUGGUGCUGACAUAGAUCUAGCGCCAAAGCUUUCCAAAGAGAUUUUGAAUAAGUGCCCUAGAGACCUUUUAGCAGAAGAAAUCUUAGAAGUUUUCAAUGUAUUUGAUAAAUGGGCAUUCAAACCGUCGUUAACGGAUACUAUUGGUAUUGUCCAAGAAGACACAAGAAUAUUUUGA